CCGGGACACAGGAUGCUUGGAAGUGUGGGACCAGGAGGGCCCUUUGUCCUGGGAACAAGGAGAAGCCAUUCACAGGUUCUAAGCCUCCCUAUUUUUAAGCUCAUUCCAUUCAAAAUCACCUGGUAAUUGUCACCUGAGGGAAACCAAGCGAAAGUAAUGCCGUUUUUGUGAUGCCCGUACGAGUUUGCUGCCACAGCUUGGCACUCGGACACGACCGCCGCCAAUCACGUGUCUUAGCAACGUCUGUCUUCUCCUUACCGUCAACUCCUCUCCCAGGCGCCGCCAGCCUCCACGCCACCGCCACCGCGCGGGAAGCCAGCUCCUCCCAGGCUGCGGCCGCCGCGGCCCCUGUGGCGGGAAAGCAGGCGCCGCCGGAAACGACGAGGCCCAGUGAGAGGACCCGGAUGUAGAGGGCGCCAACCUCCGCGGCCGGAACCGGAUAUGGCCAGGACCCUGUUUGUGGACCUCCGGAAGUGGCGGGGCGUCGUGGUCCUUGGCUUCUUCACGGUCUUGGUCCCUGGCGGCACCUUUCUGGCAGCUCUGUUGGAUGCAGGAUGCAGGGGUGGGGCCCCUAGGAGGCUGAGAGUCUUGUGAGAUACCGAGAGACCCGUGGCCUCCAGAUUGUGGAAUCUAACUGCUUGGACCCCAGGAAGAUCCAGCUGCCAGACGGAGGACGUAGGGCCGACCCUCGAGAAGCGCCAGGCAGUGUCCCCCAACCUCAGCCCGCCGUUCAGCCCUAUUCAGAUCAUCUCAUUAAAGGGACUGAAAAUCUGAAAGGUUUGUUUCCCAUGUGCUCAGGACUUUAUAAAGUGGAGUCUGGACAAAAGAGAAAAGCUGCGAAACAGUCAGCCACCUGUUUUAGGACAGUUGGAAUAGAGCCCUUGCUUGGAGACGUGCUCUCACUGAGGUGAAGGCCUAUGUUUGAUGUUUUGAGUUGACUGGCUGAACGUCUCUAAGAGCAAUUACAGAUUAUCUUGUAAAUGCUCAGCCAGAGAAAGAUGCUUAAAUUGCAGAACAAUGCAUUCGGUGAAAAUACUUUAAGUCUCUGAAAAUGAAAUAGGAAUUCUAAUCUACCAUAGACAUCAAAACUUGAAUGUAUGGCAUGAAGAACAGAGUGUGAUUUACCUGGAAAUUCACCACUGUUAUUAUCUGAUGUUACAGCAUGGUCAGAAAUUAAGCUUGGUAAAGCACAGCAUGAAAGUACAGUUAGUUAUUUGUUGAGGAGAGAAACCACACAUUAUUUUGGUGUAAAUGAGCAUAUCAUUCAGUGACUGAGAAGAAUUGAAUUGUAAAUAAGAUGGCAAAUUCUGAAAGAGCUGAAGAGAUGCAAGAAAAUUAUCAGAGAAAUAGAAAACCACAAGAACUACCCAAAGUAAGAAAACAAGCUGUUGGACCUAUUGAAAUAUUCCGCUUUGCAAAUGGACUGGACAUCACACUAAUGAUCCUGGGAUUACUGGCAUCACUAGUAAAUGGAGCCUGUCUUCCUGUAAUGUCACUGAUUUUAGGAAAAAUGAGUGAUAACCUUAUUAGUGGAUGUCUAGUCAAAACCAAUACAACAAAUUACCAGAAUUGUACUCAGUUUCAAGAGAAGCUGAAUGAAGAUAUUAUUAUGUUGACUCUGUAUUAUAUUGGAAUAGGAGUUACUGCCUUGGUUUUUGGCUACAUCCAGAUUUCCUCUUGGGUUAUGACAGCAGCACGACAGACCGAAAGAAUUCGAAAACAGUUUUUCCAUUCAGUUUUGGCACAGGACAUCAGCUGGUUUGAUAGUUGUGACAUUGGUGAACUUAACACUCGCAUGACUGAUGACAUCAACAAAAUCAGUGAUGGUAUUGGAGACAAGAUUGCUCUGUUGUUUCAAAACAUAUCUACUUUUUCUGUUGGCUUGGCAGUUGGUUUGGUCAAGGGCUGGAAACUUACCCUGGUGACUCUCUCUACAUCGCCUCUUAUAAUUGCUUCAGCAGCCAUGUUUUCUAGGAUAAUCAUCUCAUUGACUACUAAGGAAUUAAAUGCCUAUUCCAAAGCAGGGGCUGUAGCAGAAGAAGUCUUGUCAUCAAUCCGAACAGUUGUAGCCUUUGGAGCCCAGGAAAAAGAAAUCCAAAGGUAUACACAGAAUCUAAAAGAUGCAAAGGAUGUUGGCAUAAAAAAGGCUAUAGCUUCAAAACUCUCUCUUGGUGCAGUUUACUUUUUUAUGAUUGGAACCUAUGGACUUGCUUUUUGGUAUGGAACCUCCUUGAUUCUUAGUGGAGAACCUGGUUAUACCAUCGGAACUGUUCUUGCUGUUUUUUUUAGUGUAAUCCACAGUAGUUACUGCAUUGGAACAGCAGCCCCUAACUUUGAAACCUUCACUAUAGCCAGAGGAGCUGCCUUUAAUAUUUUCCAGGUUAUUGAUAAGAAACCUGCUAUAGAUAACUUUUCAACAACAGGAUAUAAACCAGAAUGCAUAGAAGGAACAGUGGAAUUUAAAAAUGUUUCUUUCAAUUAUCCAUCAAGACCAUCUGUCAAGAUUCUGAAAGAUCUGAAUCUCAAAAUUAAGUCUGGAGAGACAGUAGCCUUGGUUGGCCCCAGUGGCAGUGGGAAGAGUACUAUAGUCCAACUUCUACAAAGGUUAUAUGAUCCUGACAACGGCUUUAUCAUGGUGGAUGAAAAUGAUAUCAGAACUUUAAAUGUGCAGCAUUAUCGAGAACAUAUUGGAGUGGUCAGCCAAGAGCCUGUUUUGUUUGGGACCACCAUUCAUAACAAUAUUAAAUAUGGACGAGAUGGAGUGACUGAUGAAGAGAUUAAGAAAGCAGCAAAGGAAGCAAAUGCUUAUGAUUUUAUAAUGGCAUUUCCCAAUAAAUUUAAUACCUUGGUAGGAGAAAAAGGAGCACAAAUGAGUGGAGGACAGAAACAGAGAAUCGCAAUUGCUCGAGCUUUAGUUCGAAAACCAAAAAUCCUGAUCUUAGAUGAGGCUACAUCUGCCCUAGACACAGAAAGUGAAUCAGUUGUUCAAGCUGCACUGGAGAAGGCAAGCAAAGGUCGGACUACAAUUGUCAUAGCACAUCGUCUUUCCACUAUUCAAAGUGCAGAUCUGAUUGUGACCAUAAAAGAUGGGAUGGUGGUGGAAAAAGGAACACAUGCUGAACUAAUGGCAAAGCAAGGUCUAUAUUAUUCGCUUGCAAUGACACAGGAUAUUAAAAAAGCUGAUGAACAGAUAGAAUCAAUGGCAUAUUCUAUUGAAAAAAAUAUCAACUCAGUUCCUCUGUGUUCUAUGAAUAGCAUCAAGUCAGACCUUCCUGACAAGUCUGAGGAAUCCAUCCAAUAUAAAGAGCCAGGUCUUCCUGAAGUUUCUCUGUUUAAAAUUUUUAAAUUAAUCAAGUCUGAAUGGCUUUCUGUGUUUCUGGGGACACUGGCUGCUGUUCUAAAUGGAGCUGUUCAUCCAGUAUUUGCCAUCAUCUUUGCUAAAAUCAUAACUAUGUUUGAAAAUGAUGAUAAAACCACAUUAAAGCAUGAUGCUGAAAUGUAUUCCAUGAUAUUUGUCAUUUUGAGUGUUAUUUCCUUUGUCAGUUAUUUCUUUCAGGGGUUAUUUUAUGGCAGAGCAGGGGAAAUUUUAACCAUGAGAUUAAGACAUUUGGCAUUUAAAGCCAUGUUAUAUCAGGAUAUUUCCUGGUUUGAUGAUAAGGAAAACAGCACAGGAGCCUUGACAUCAAUAUUAGCCAUAGAUAUAGCACAGAUCCAAGGAGCAACAGGUUCAAGGAUUGGUGUCUUAACACAAAAUGCAACUAACAUGGGACUGUCAAUUAUCAUUUCCUUCAUAUAUGGAUGGGAGAUGACACUCUUGAUUCUGAGUAUUGCUCCAAUACUUGCUCUGACAGGAAUGAUUGAAACCACAGCUAUGACUGGAUUUGCCAACAAGGAUAAGCAAGAACUUAAGCAUGCUGGGAAGAUAGCAACUGAAGCUGUGGAAAACAUUCGGACUAUAGUGUCAUUAACAAGAGAAAAAGCCUUUGAACAAACAUAUGAGGAGACACUUCAGGCACAGCACAGAAAUACUUUGAAGAAAGCACAGAUCUUUGGAAGUUGCUAUGCAUUCAGCCAUGCUUUUCUAUAUUUUGCCUAUGCAAUGGGGUUUCGAUUUGGAGCCUAUUUAAUUCAAGCUGGACGAGUAACCCCAGAGGGCAUAUUCGUAAUUUUUACCGCAAUUGCAUAUGGAGCUAUGGCCAUUGGAGAAACACUUGUUUUGGCACCUGAAUAUUCGAGAGCCAAAUCUGGGGCUGCACAUCUGUUUGCUUUGCUGGAAAAGAAACCAACUAUAGACAGCUACAGUCAAGAAGGGAAAAAAACAGAUACAUGUGAAGGGAAUAUAGAGUUUCGAGAGGUCUUUUUUUCCUAUCCAUGUCGCCAGGAUGUUCUCAUCCUUUGUGGCUUAUCCCUCAGUAUUGAGAAAGGAAAGACAGUAGCGUUUGUUGGGAGCAGUGGCUGUGGAAAAAGCACUUCUAUCCGACUUCUACAGAGAUUUUAUGACCCUGUGAAAGGACAAGUGCUAUUUGAUGGUGUGGAUGCAAAGGAAUUGAAUGUACAAUGGCUCCGUUCCCAAAUAGCAAUCGUUUCUCAAGAGCCUGUACUCUUCAACUGUAGCAUUGCCGACAACAUUGCCUAUGGUGAUAACAGCCGUGUUGUGUCAUUAGAUGAAAUAAAAGAAGUAGCAAAAGCAGCAAAUAUCCAUUCUUUUAUUGAGGAUCUCCCUAAGAAAUACAACACACAAGUUGGACUGAAAGGAACACUGCUUUCUGGAGGCCAGAAACAAAGACUAGCUAUUGCAAGGGCUCUUCUCCGGAAACCAAAAAUUUUAUUGUUGGAUGAGGCCACUUCAGCCCUUGAUAAUGAGAGUGAAAAGGUGGUUCAGCAUGCUCUCGAUAAGGCCAGGAAGGGGAAGACUUGCCUAGUGGUUGCUCACAGACUCUCCACAAUACAGAAUGCAGAUUUGAUAGUGGUCCUGCACAACGGGAAAAUAAAGGAACAGGGAACUCAUCAAGAACUCCUGAGAAAUCGAGAUAUGUAUUUUAAAUUAGUAAAUGCACAGUUGGUGCAGUGAUGCUGUUGAAGUUAGCACAUAUUUUGAUCUUUGUGUAAUGCAAAGAAAAUACUUAGUAAUUAUUUGGCAUGCUUUGAUCUCUUUUAUUACAUGUAUCAAUACCUGGAAUCAUGCUAUUCAAGUACAGACAUGUUCUGUGUACACAACAUUUUCUCUCCAGAUUUUUUUAAAGGAAAUAAAAUUUGCUAAACUCAUGUAAGUGA